CCCUUUUCUUCUUCCUCUACUCCCCUCCGGCCAUGGAACCUUACCAACGUCGAUAAACUGCGUUGCUGUUUGAAGCGACCGCCCGUUCGCCCGCCACGAGCUCCUGACAUCCCCGCGUGUUGUCCUCGUGCACGUCUGCGCUCCGUCCUUCGCUGGGUCGCGCGAGCCUCUGCUCCUCCCGCAACACAGGCCAUGGCAUCCGCUCUGAACAAGCGCCAGCAAGCGCGCAACGAGCGCACGCUGCAAGAGCUUAUUAAGACUGUCCCUGGAAAUGGCGUAUGUGCGGACUGCGGCGCGCGCAAUCCAGGAUGGGCAAGCUGGAGUCUGGGUAUCUUCCUGUGCAUGCGGUGCGCCGCCCUCCACCGCAAGCUGGGCACGCACAUCUCCAAAGUCAAGUCCCUGAGCAUGGACAAGUGGGACAACGCGCAGGUGGAUAACAUGAAGCGCAUUGGCAACGUCGAAUCCAACAAAGCCUACAAUCCUCGCAACAUAAAGCCGCAGAUACCGAUCGACAUCGACGAGGUGGAUAGCGCAAUGGAAAGAUUCAUUCGGCAGAAGUAUGAGCAGCGAACUUUCAUGAACGACUCACGGCCUGGCACGCGAUCGAACACCGGAAGCUCGAGCUCGGUAGAAGAUAGACCUCCACCCCUCCCUCCGAAACCGACGAAGCGUUUUGGGUUUGGAUUGCAAAAGGCUUCAACAUUCCCUAAGAAUGUCACACCCCCGGUAUCGCCUGGACUAAGCGGCUUCAGCGGGCAGGAUACAUCUCCACCAAGGGUGAAUAAGCCGUCUAGGGUAUUUGGAUCCAACGUAAACACUUCUGGUGACGGGUUGGAGUCAAAGCUGGCCACCUUAAGAGAUAUGGGGUUUCCGGACGAAAAACGUAAUUCGACGGUGCUGAGGGGCCUCAACGGCAACCUGGACAGAGCCGUGGAAGCGUUGAUCAGAUUGGGCGAACAAAAUCCCACCAAGUCAAGAGGCAGUACGCCUACUCCGCCUGCAAAGGGUGGGGUAAACUUGAACGGGCUAAUGAUAGAGAAGAGCCACACUAUGCCCGCGGCCACCACGUCGGCCAAUCCGUUUGAUGCCCUAGACGCCGUAGCCCCCUUACCGCAGCAACAACUCCAGCCCGCGCCGAUUCAGACUCAGCAGCCGCCCUUUGGAGGUCCAUCAGCUCAGCCAACAUCGCCAUCCAAUCCCUACAAUCCAUUCUUGUCGCAAGCUCAGGGAGGCCAAUUCCAACAUGGCUUUCCCCAGCAACAGCAGUAUCUCGCACAACAGCAGAAUCCAUUUGUCCAGCAACCGCAUAGUUUAGAGCAGUCAUUCCAAGGCCUUCAGUUAUCACAUCAACAGCCACAGCAACCUUUGUUUCCAAACAGAACUGGAGGAUAUGGUCAGCAUCAGUCACCGCAAUACCCACAAACAAACCCAUUUCAUCAGUCAUUUACGCCGCCACCUAUGCCCCAACUACCGCAGCAGUACAGUUCAUUUUAUCAGCCUCAGCAACAGCAAUACCCGUCGAUGUCUUCUCCUACGAGCCCUGGAAAUCCGUUUUUGAAGUCCACACGAAGUCAGAUGUUCACGCCGACAAAUACUCUCAAUUCGAAUCCUUUUGGCCAGCCACCAGCUCAACCACAACCUCAGCCUCAGCAACCGCAACAGGGUCAGAAUCCGUUCAUGAUGCAGCAGCAACAAAACACUCAGACACCGUUUGCUCAGGCGUCAAAUCCUUUUCAGAGUCAGCAAACCGGCUACCAGCAACCGAGCUACCAACAAUCGCAAGCAGGCUUUGACAAGAACUCUAUACUUGCUCUGUACAACUAUCCGCAGUUGGCACCUCAGCGGUCAGAGCAGUCUCAAACUCCUCCGGCACCAGCCCAAGCAGUUGCACCCGCUGCUCCUACACCAGGCCACCUGAAUCCUUUCGCCUCAGCCCAAGCGCCUCAGACGGCCCAACAGCAACCCACGUCAUUCUCAGCACAGCAGCAGGGCGUCCGGCACGUAAGCAACGAGAGCGUGGAUUUUGCGGGCUUGAUGGGUGGACGACAUUCUCCCGACGCCUUUUCUGGAUUGAGUUCGAGCUUCAGACGGUGAUCAUUUACGAUAUUUUGCAUUUUUGUGCAUAUUCGCAUAGUUUGAUGUUGGAUACUUCUUCGUUCAUAGCACCUUUUUGAACAGGGGGUUAGGGUAUUGGAUAUGGGAUAUGCCAUGCGGAUGUUGUAUGUAAGAUUACCUAUUACUUUUGGAUAUGGGGCAUCUCGAUAGCGCACUUUUAAUGCUUACAAUUCUGUCAUUUCUGGUCAGUCACUGUUCUCGCUCUGAAGGGCAACAAGAGCCUACGUAUUUCCAAGCAUUGGGGAGAGCUUCCGGUUCCACUGCCACUCACUCGUCCUUCUGUGCACAG